AUGGCGACCUCUAGUACCGGCAGUCCACCUCGAUGGUCUGUAUCAGGUCCCCCGUCCAAGGCAGCAGGGCCCGGGCUCAGCACCGGAAACUCUGUGUCUGCGUCCACACGUUCCUUCGUCAAGGUCUCUGGUCGCAAGCUGUCCCUUUCAGAGGGCCCGUCGGUCACCAGUAGUUCCCCUGUCAAGCAGGCUACCAGUAGUAGGUCGACUAGCGCUAGUGCUCUCGAGCAGACGCGUCUUGGAUCCUUUCCCGCGACGGGCGCGGUGAACAUACCGUCCUUCGCCCGUCCAACGAAGACGUCAGCCUCUCGCACUCAGCAUUCCCCACGUCCAGUCAAGACCCCACCCAGAUCUGACCUGCGCCCGCUCGCUUCUAGUCCUCCAAGAUCUGGCAGCACAGCACGUCAAGCUUCAAGCCCGAAAGCGUCAGUGACUUCUCCCAAGCAUCAAGUCAGCCCUCGUACACUGGACAAGGCCAACGCCAACGCAGCUCCUCUGACCCGCACCGCGACGACUACCGCAGCUGCUCCCCCUGUCAAGACGCAAGGCUCACCGAACUUCCUCACGGCGCCAAAGUGGCAGUAUGGCUCGUCGAUACCACUUCCAGCCGUGGCAAAAAAUGUCGAGACUCGGAGGAUCACCAAGGCUCGACGCUACGCUGACGAACACGCCGUUCAGCCAGGGCGCCUCGAUUCUGCAAUGAAAACGGUGGGCUCGCUGCCUUCGCAGGUGUUCACCUCGAUGUUGGAAGGCCUCCAGGAAAACGAAGAGGAAAGCGAGGAUACCGAUGAGCCCGUUCCACUCAUCAAGGAGACCAUUCAGCCUGCUCUCAAGCAAGAGGCACCUUUCGUACAUGACGGAGACGAAGACGAGGAUUUGGAAGUGCUCAGACGCAUCCGCGACAAGUUCUCGAAGGUGAUUGUGGACGACACGGACCAGGACAUCUACAGUUUGUCGUCAAUGGUCUUCAGGCGCAUCAAAUCGCCCGACUUGAACCCCGAUGCCUACCCUGCGGUCUACGGUGAGCUUAUGCGCUCGCUCGGCGGGCUUGCGUCACUGGUGGAGGAAGUAAAUCAGGCGUUUGGACUCGACGACGACAAAACUAAGGCUGCCAGUGCUCCAAUCGCCCCACUCAUGACUGAACGGAUCGAUACGGUCGUCGACAGUGGUAAUGUUGAUGGCGGCGUGGUCAGUGUUGUACCCCUUGCGAAGGACGAAGUGCUCCGCCGAGUUGAUGCUGUGCACGUUCUUAAUCCUGCGUCCACGUUCACAUUUUCAUCUUUCGAGUCAGUACACUGCAUCGUUAAGCAGGCCUGCUUCCCGACCGAAUCCCUUGAUAUGGACCCAACUGCAACAAAAGAAGAAGACGGAUCAAAAAGACUAAGGCAUGUACACUUUGUUGCCGGCUUUGCGUUUGUUCCUGACGAAUCGCUAUUUGUAGCCGCAUUAAGACCUCCAGUAUUUGCUUUAGCGAGUGCUCUAGUGCAUCCGAGGAAGACUACAGUCGGCUCUUUGAAAGCGGCGGUCCUCUCGCAGCGUGCAUUAUGGAGGCGCAAGCCGAUCCGAGAAGGCUUAGAGGGAGAGAAGAGAGUUUCAGCAAUCGCCACCGACGAGGCCCUUCACCAAGGAGUCGUUAAGCAAGCCGAUGCCGCUCGGAUAUUCACAAAAGGCCAUGUCAGGCCCUCAACGCUUGACAUCCACCCUGGUAGCACUGCCGAGUACGGCUGCAUCGGUGAUGUCACUGAGCAAGACAUCUCCGAAUCUGCUCUCCAGAGUGAGCGUGCACUCACUCCGGUGGAGACCGACAAGCACAUAUCCACCAUGGGUGAGCAGCGGGCCAAGAAAGCGGCGCCGACUCCUAGGCUUGUUGAAGGCAUAAUCUCUCUUCCGUCUGAGGAUAUUGCUACUGCAAAGUAUUUCUUAAGCACAUCUGAAUUGGUACUGGGUGAUCAUCAAGGCUCAUCGCGCUGCAUGAUCCAGCUUCAUCACUCACAGUCGAACCACACAUCAGGUCCGACGUUGAAUGAUCCUAGGCCAGCAUCAAUCGAGGAUGAUUCGCCGCCGAGGUCUACGAGUAGUGGCUCUGGUCUCUCACAGCCGACGUCUCAGCCUGGCUUCUGGACCCGUCUCUUUUCUCGGUCUUCACCUGGCUCUUCCAGCCUGACGGCCCGCUCUCUGCCACCUGAUGCCCUGGAGGCAUACUGUGGCGACAAGACUCGUUGUCAAGACUCACUUGUCCCUGCCUUUUCUGCGGCGUCGGCAGCAGCAGCCCUCUCUAGCGCCUCUCGCAUUUCUGAGGACCGUGACGAGCCCGACGCUAGUGACUCGAGCUUCGCGUCGACCCAAUAUACUGCUUCGUCUAUGCCGUCGCCGACUGUGCCAACGUCAAGAUUUUCUUCUGCUUCUAGUAUCCGGCUGCCCUUGCCCGACUCUGAAUCCAGCCGCUUCAGCCCUAUCAAAAGUUUCUUUCGCCGUCUCUUCUAG